AUGAUCCAAAUUCUGGCAUCUCAGCAUGCAGGCAGCGCCCUUCGCGAAGCCAUCGCAUCACAAUCCGAGGGCUUCGUGCGGCGCGUUGGCGGCCUUGAGAAUGCGCGGCGAACCGCGGACCAGGAUCGCGUGAAGCUGAUUCAGGAGUGUGCCGACAUGCAGGCUCGCUUGGAUGCCUUGGCGCCCGAGCUCGAGGGCCUUGGCGACGUAGAGGGGCGCCAUGCUGGUUUGGAGGCUGCGCAGACAGCUCUCAGCCAGCAAAGUGAACGGCUCCGGGACAUGAAUGCUGCUUUGGGAGUGCAGUUGCUGGCUGACAAAGGUGCCCUCGAUGAAGGCAACAUGGAGCCGGUGGCCGAAGCGGUCUUCCGUGCUGUGCAGCUACAACAGAAGCUGCAAGAGCGGCAGGAGGCCCAUGACAGCGAGCGCCAGAAGCUAGCUUCAAAGAUUCGCGAUCUGGAACGCGGUGGGAUCCACCAGUACGAGCGACCGCCGGAAAGCAAGGCGCCGGCAGCCUCUGGACCACCGGGAGCACUGGCAUCGGCGACUUCUGCCCUAAGAGGUGGGCUCGGCCGGAUGCUGAACAAGGUUUGA